AUGCCUCCUCGUAAGAAAACGAAGCGCGCACAUUCCAACUCUCCCCUUGAAGAUACCGCGCCACUAUCCAGCGCCAACACACCCGGUUCGAGCGACAGCGCCGAGAAGCCCGAUGAACCCGAGUACGACCUGAUCAGUGACCCUUGGACGGACGAGCAAGAAACUGCACUUUUGAAGGCAAUUAUAAAAUGGAAGCCAGUCGGCGUACAUAAGCAUUUUCGCAUGCUCGCGAUCUCAGAAUACUUGCGGAGUCAAGGGUAUGCACCAUAUAAUGCUGAUCAUAUGCGCAUUCCCGGAAUAUGGAAGAAAUUGGGCUCCUUGUACAACCUCGAAGCUCUCGAUGAACGGGAGGAUUCUGUUAUCACCGAUGCGAACGAAGAUGAUGAAGAACCGAGUGAAAUGUACUGCCCGUUCGAGCUUCCGUACGAUGAAUACGGCGACAUGAUGUUCGAGAAACGACUCGCCCUGGAGGGUUCUUCUUCACCCAUCACCAGUCCCCAUCCUGAAUCCAGACGAGGAAGCACCGUCGCUGACACAGAUGAGCCACGCUCCUCACCCGCACCCUCACGAGGUCGCAAAUCAGACCGCGGUACUCGCCAAGCCGGACGAGCAACACGAUCUACCAGGCUACAGGUGGAAAUUGGAACUGAUAGCCAAGGGAAGGCCUCCGACGAAGAUAUGGAGGAUGCUGAGUCUGCCGAAGAAUCAGCUGCCAACGAUGAGGAGGGUGAGGCCGAGGGCGAAGGUGAAGGCGAGGGCGACGGUGAGGAGGAGGAAGAGGAGGAUGAAGAAGUGAAGGAAAAAGCGGAUCACGAAGCACCCGGGCAAAGACUUCAAGAUCCAAGCAAAAGGACAAGAAAACUCCGAGCACAGGAACGCGCAGGACCGCUCGUCGCCGCUGAUAUGAGGUGA